UUGAAAUAAAGGAGAGAAACGUUUUGAGGAAAGUUGGAUCCAGGAAAAAUCCAUCUCCAAUUGGCACUUUUCUGGUUCAGGCAUUUUCUGGUACAGUGAUUUUCACCAUUUUUUCAACUAUAUUAAGAUUUCACACAAGAAGCAUCUUGAGUCAAAUAGAAUCUGUCAAGUGUUGUUUGUCCAAGCUUCAAUUUCAAAGAUGCCUCGUGGAAAGCUUGAAGUUAUUUUGAUCAGUGCCAAAGGCCUUGAUGACAAUGAUUUUCUCUCCAGCAUAGAUCCUUAUGUGAUUCUCACAUACAAGACACAGGAGCACAAGAGCACUGUGCAAGAAGAUUCUGGAUCCAAACCUCAAUGGAACGAGAGCUUUCUUUUCACUGUUUCUGACAGUACUUCUGAACUGAAUCUCAAGAUCAUGGAUAAAGACAACUUUACUAAGGAUGAUUUUCUUGGCGAGGCAAACAUUGAUUUAGGUCCACUGUUUGAAGUGGGUAGCCUUCCAGAAACUGUUCACAAGGUUGUGAAGGACGAAGAAUAUUGUGGAGAGAUUAAGGUGGCUCUCACUUUCACUCCUGAGAGAAACGAGGAGCAGGAAUACAGUGUAGGGGAAGAGAGCUAUGGUGGAUGGAAAGAAUCAAGUGGGGAAUUCUAGAGUGAAAGAAAUGUUUACAUACUUCUUUCGCCCAUAAUUACUUUUACAAUGAAAAACAAAACAUUUUUGGGUCACAUUUUGGAAAUUUUAAUUAUUGUGCUUUCUGGUGUGAAAAUCCAAUAGUGUUUUGCUGUUUGCCAUACAAAAAUACAUUUUGCUUCA